AUGCAGGUGAUCGUAGCAGAUGAGGAGCAAAGGAGGUUGAUAUUCUCAGAAAAGAAGCUCAGCUGGUCAAAGUUCUCUCCUCAACUGGAGUUAGGAGACAUUUAUUAUGGCAGGGUAGGAGCUGUGAUGGAUUUUGGUGCCCUUGUUCAUCUCCGUUUUCCAGAUGGGCUUUAUCAUCUCACUGGACUAGUGCAUGUUUCAGAACUAUCAUGGGACUUCAUCCUCCACGCGAGAGAUUUCCUGGCUGUGGGUGAUGAAGUGCGAGUCAAAAUUGUGCAUAUAAAUUGGGAAGAGUCAAAUAUCAAAUUGUCCAUAAAACAACUGACUGAAGAUCCUCUUUUAGAAACUUUAGACAAAUUUAUUCCUCAGGAUGUCUCAGCAGAUCCCGAUGCAUUAGAUGGAAGCGAUCAUUUUACCAUAGAACCUCUUCCUGGGCUCGACACAAUAAUUGAAGAGCUAUUGAAGGAAGAUGGAUCAUUGGCCAAGGAUAUGAGAAAAGGGUAUUUUCCCAGGAUUUGCAGCUUUGGCUUUCAAAUGCACCAACUAGAGGAGAUCAAUACACCAUUCUUGCUCGAGCGGGAAGACAGGUGCAAGAAAUACAACUCUCGACUUCACUUGAUCAAGGUGGAAUUAAGAGGGCUCUGCAGCUGGCGUUGGAACGCGUUCCAUGAAUUUCUACGUCCCGUUAGAGAAGUGUAUCUACUGGUGUAA